AUGUUAAUUUUAGGAAAAGAUAAGGAGCUGAUUGCAAAGUUGAAGAGAGAUUCAUCCAAGUCAUUUGAUAUGAAGAACUUGGGCCCAACACAACAAAAUCUAGGGAUGAAGAUAGUUCGCGAGCGAACAAGUAGAAAGGUGUGGUUGUAUCAAGAUAAGUACAUUGAAUGUGUACUGGAACACUUCAACAUGACGAGUACUAAUCCAAUCAGCACACCUCUUGUUAGUCAUCUGAAGUUGAGCGAGAAGAUGUGUUCUACAACAAGCGAGGAAAAAGAGAGCAUGGCUAGAGUUACAUAUUCUUCAGCAGUCGGAAGCCUGAUAUAUGCAAUGGUAUGCACCAGACCUGGUAUUACUCAUGUAGUUAGUAGGUUUCUCGAAAAUCAUGGAAAAGAACACUGGGAAGCAAUCAAGUGGAUACUCAGGUACCUGAGAGGUACCGUAGGAGACUAUUUGUAUUUUGGAGGAUCUGAUCCAAUCUUGAAGGGCUAUGAGAUGCUGAUAUACGGAGUACAUUACGCUACUGAAGCUGGCAAGGAGAUGAUAUUGCUUAAACUAUUUCUUCAAGAGCUUGGAUUGCAUCAAGAGGAGUAUGUCGUUUAUUGUGACAGUCAAAGUGCAAUAGACUUGACCAAGAACUCCAUAUACCAUGCAAGGACAAAGCAUAUCGAUGUGAGAUAUUAUUGGAUUCGUGAGCAAGUAAAGAACGAAUCUUUGCACGUCAAAAAUAUUCACACGAGUGAAAAUCCCGCGGAUAUGCUCACUAAGCUUCGGUACACCUUUUUUCGCAAUUUCCAAACAGCGCCGGUAUCCAUCUCGAGCUCGGCUGAGAACAAGAUGCAGGCAAUCACGAGAAAAUUAGGGCACCAAUCUCUGAAACAUUCACCUGCAAUUUCAUCUUUCAAGUCUCUCUACCCCCCCUCUGAUGAUCACUAUUGUGGUUCGCGGUUCGCAUCUAAUGUUGCCACCAGUGGUGGCGGACAUCUAGCUCGCAAGGGAACUGGUGGAAGAUCAUCUGUUAGUGGAAUCGUUGCUACAGUCUUUGGAGCUACUGGAUUUCUUGGGCGUUAUGUCGUCCAAGAGCUUGCUAAAAUGGGCACUCAAGUCUUGGUUCCUUUCCGUGGAUCUGAGGAUUCUCCUCGUCAUCUCAAGUUAAUGGGCGACUUAGGACAGAUUGUUCCUAUGAAAUACAAUCCCAGGGAUGAAAAUUCAGUUAAAGCUGUGAUGGCAAAAGCUAAUGUUGUGAUCAAUCUCAUUGGAAGGGAAUAUGAGACCAGAAAUUACAGCUUUGAGGAAGUCAACCACCAUAUGGCUGAACAGCUUGCAAUGAUAGCCAAAGAACACGGUGGUAUCAUCAGAUUUAUUCAAGUUUCUUGCUUGGGGGUGUCUCCUACAUCCCCAUCUAGAAUGCUCAGAGCUAAAGCUGCGGGUGAAGUUGCUGAUCUGCUCACUCAUCUUCAGGUGACCAUAAUGCGUCCAGCAGUGAUGAUUGGUACAGAAGAUAGAAUUCUGAAUCCAUGGGCACACUUUGCAAAGAAAUAUGGUUUUAUCCCUCUGUUCGGAGAUGGUUCGACAAAAAUUCAACCUGUAUUCGUUGCCGAUGUUGCUUCUGCAAUUGUUGCUUCUUUGAAAGACAAUGGUAUCAGCAUGGGAAAAGUUUAUGAACUUGGUGGCCCAGAUGUUUACACUAUGCAUGAAUUGGCAGAGCUCAUGUUUGAUAUGAUCCGUGAAUGGCCGCGCUAUGUGAAUGUUCCUUUUCCUAUUGCUAAGGCAAGUUCUUAAAUGGAUGGUUUCUCUAUGGCUCAAUAACAACUUUUUGUCACUAUUUAUUUUCUCGAACCAAGUUUUCAAACACAUCUGCUUCUAUAUUCACUUUAUAUGUUUCUUGUCUUGUAAGUGGGUCUAUCUGUUACUUUAGGUGUCUCAUUUUUGGUUUAUGGAAGUUUUGGAUUUGGAAACCUGCUCGUAUCUCUGGGUAUGCGAAUGUUGUAGCUCUUAGCUAAGUGCUCCUUAUGUUAC